UAAAAAGAGAAUGAAUGAAUAGAUAGAAUUACGUAUUUUUAUAUAUGCAUCUAUAAAUAAGAGUAUCUGGCCCGACAGUCCCUCUUCCACUUUGUUCAACUUUGUGAAGGCCUAUACAGAGUGAGAGUGUGUGUGAGUUCUGGUGGUAGAAGAGAUUUAUGUCGGGAAGGUCUAGACUGGGUUCUUCUCUUCUGAAUGGGGCUCCUCUGCUGAACCUCAACCUCUCUAUCCUCCUCUCCUCCUCAUCUCUACCGCAGAGAAGAGCCGCCGUUGACUCCGCUACUUCGAUGCGUUUGACCCCCCAAAAGUAACAACCCUUAAACCCUAAUUUAUUCUUCGAUUUCAAUCCCUCUAAGGCCUGAUCUGUAAUAGUUUUGUGUUAUUUCCCCUUCUUCUUCCUCCUCGCUUUGCAGGACUCGUUCUGGAGUGGACUGUUUCGGUGGAUUUAAUAUAAACAGACUGUUACAUACUUUCUUGAUCUUGAAACGACAUCUCAUAUAGUGUCCCUUUGUUAGUAAAGAGACAACCUUACCUUAAACCUUCUUGUUUAGAUUCUUGAUUUUCCCGAGUUAAAACCCACGUUUUUACCUCUUUCGUCUCCGAUUAGUAAAAAAAUGGCGGAUGGGGAAGAGCGAUUCGGGAAGAAACUGAAACCCGGGAAGAAAGGGAUGCGGAGAAUCCGGAUCGUGUGUAACGACCCAGAUGCAACGGAUUCCUCCGAGGAUGAAGGGGUCUUUGUUGAUGUGAAGAAAAACCCAAAAAAGCUUUUCGUCAGGGAGAUUCAUCUCCCCAUCUCCGUCACUUUCGGUGGUCCUGCGAGUAACAACAAAACCUCCCCUGAAACGGAGGUCAGUUCUUGUCAAGAUAGCAACAGGAAAAAGAGGCCGUCUUUAUUGUUUGUUAAUAACAAUACUCAUUUCAAAAACAAAAUCUCUUCUUCAUCGGUGAAACCCAGAGGAGUUAGGCAGCGGAAAUGGGGGAAAUGGGCGGCGGAAAUCCGGGACCCCUUCAAGGGGAGGAGGGUAUGGCUGGGCACUUAUAACAGUGCUGAGGAGGCUUCUGCAGCUUAUGAAAAGAAACGGCUUGAGUUUCAAGAAGCUAUGGCUAUGGGGAGCAAGAAUGGGAGCAAUCUCGUUAUAUCCUCCGACGAGGCCGAAGAAGAGGUGGAGGACGAGGACUCUGCUGCUACGCCUUCCUCUGUUCUUGAAAUGGACUCUCUGAUCUCUGAGUCCAAAAAUGCCCCCCCUGAGAUGAAUGAAGAUCUGCCUGAAAGUCUUUCUUUGGUGGAAGAUAUUGCUUUUGGUAUGGAAUUGGAAUCCCUUCUUGCUGCCGGAGAUGAUUUCCCGGAGUGUCUUGUGGAUGAUUUUGUUGGUUUUCCGGCGGACUUUGAGGACAUUCCUAUGUAUGGUGGUUUUGAAAUGGAGGAUCAGUUGCCUGUUACUUUGCCGGACUUUGACUUUGACUUUGAUUUUGAUGCUUGCAAUGAAGCAUGGAUGGUUGAAUCUCAACCACCUCCGGCCAUGACGCCACCGCCUUCGCUCAAUAUAGCUUGCCUAUAAUCUUUUUGCAGUAAUAGUUUUGUUGCAUUACUCUUAGUUCUAAAUGUCAAGUACUUAGCAGCUAUAGUAUAGAGAGUUUACACUUUGUUGCUAAUCAAGAACGGAUAAGAAGUAUGGUUCUUGAGUUAAAUAAUGCCUUUUUGUUUAUUUGUUUGUUUGUUUGGUCAGAAACAGAGUUUUGGGUGAUAGAGUUCCUUGGGUUUUCUCGUGCUAUUUGAGCCGUCCAAGGUUCUUAAGUCUGUUUCAUGCCAGUCCGAUUUUGGGCUUUGAAAGCUAUAUAUAUAUAUAUGAAUGAGAGAUGUGCUAAUUAUGGAAUUGUUUAUUUUGCCAACGAUGUUCAUUCACUUCA